GCAGAAACUGCUGCAGCAGAACGGGAAAUAUAUGACUGGUUCCAACCAUGCAGGUUAUCAAUCAUGGUUGUAAAAGAAAAGAUUAAAAAGACCUAUGGCCCACAUGUUGGGGUGAGCACGGCAUAUGCCAGUGAACCAGAUACCAGUGAAGAAAAGGGUACACAAACCAACUUUGAUAGCCCGAUAGAUGUUAUGACCCAGGAAAAGGCAACAAAUCCACAUACAGCCCAGAUGUUCAUGCCGAGCAAGAAAAAAUACUGUGUGCUGAAAACAGAAACACAAAUUCGAGAGAAAGUCUCUGCUGCCAAGCCAGUGUCAGAGCCUGGGGACUUUCUUGUGAAGGAAAAAGAGAAGAAAGGUCAUCAUGUUAUCUCGCCACCACCGGAAAACGAAAACCUUAAUAAGAUACCUGAAAGAGUUGAUGCAGAGUCCACUGUGACGGGUCAGAUACUUUUAGCCAUUGCUAGCCUGAGGGACACAGACAAAAAUAGCAUCGAGGCAGCUUCAGCUAUGCUGAAUUCAAUCUUGAAAAAAGAGAGGAACAAACUGAGGGGAAAGGUGCCAGAAAUCAUUGAUAUUAUUUAUUUCCACCUGCAAGCUAUCCAGGAACCUAGUGCAAGAGAAGUUGUCAUAGGGGCUGUGUGCCUCCUGGCUGAAAAACACACAGAAGAAACUGUUUCAAGCCUUCUGAAACUCUCAUUGCUUUGUGACAGGCAUAUCACUCAAAUCUGGGAAGCCUUGGGCCAAGCUAAACAACCUGUAAGACUCCAGGUUCUUGCCAAGCUUCUCGAAGUGCUGAAAAGGAAACCUUGCCUUAGCAGUGAACGCCCAGGAUCAGAUGGAAAGUUCACAGACAACUCCUCCCUUCUACCUCUAGCUGCAACAAAAGCCCUGUGCAUAAUAUUUAGGGAUAAAAAGUGCAAAAUUCCUAUGAACAGCUAUUACGUAUCUGUGAUCAUCUUCCUGGUUAUUCAGCUGCACUACUUGAUGAACUGUACAGAUGCCGAACCUGGACAGGAGGACAUAAUCAGAACAUCAAACUACAUAAGCUGCGCCAUGGAUGCUUUAAAGGCCUUGGUGAAAAGGCAGAAGGCUCCUCAGGCGUGUUUUACAAGUCUAACAGGAAGCUGGGACCUUUUGGCUUCACCAGAGAACUACCUUGAAGGAGUUCUCCUUCUGGCCAGAGCCCUUGUCAAACAUCAUCAUGGGCUUGACUAUGCGGUAUUUACCAAGGUGAUUCCUCUUCUCCAUCAUGGGGAUGACCAACAGAAGCUGACAGCAAUGGCCUUUUUCACUGCACUUCUCUCGUCUGAAUCCACCUACACGGUGCUACAAAAACAUUACAUCCUGGGCCUGUUGAAGAACUGGCAGGCUGAUUCAUGUCCAACCUACCGCUGGCUCAGUCUCCAUGGAAUGGGCAAUGUGGCGCGUCAUCUGCAAAACAAGAAAGAGCUCUCCAACCUGCUCCUGGGUAUACUUCCAAGUUUUAACGACACUGAUGAGAAGGUGAUUUUGACAGCUAUGGAGGUCGUAAACAAGAUCGUAACACUCCACAAAAACAAUAUAAACAUGAACAUAUUUGUGAAGAUCGUCAAACAGCUUCAGCCUUUCUUGGCCGACGGGAGACCCAAAAUAACCUGUGCGGCAAACAAGCUGUUUCAAGACAUGAUUAAGAACCUGGACGUGAAAGAAAAAGCCGCUUUGCAGGACCAGGUUCUCAACAGUAUUGUCACAUUGCUACUGAACCUCAAAGAUCCACAUCUGACUGCGGCUAAGAGUCGUAGAGACAGCUUAAAAGAGUGCAAAAUCUUCUUGGGAUGGACUGCAAAUGACAACCAGGACUCUUGGAGCAUGAUUUGCAAGCACCUUGUUAAGGAACAUCCAGGAAAACUACGGAACUUUCUGGACCAGGCGCAAGACUAUACUCAAAGCCCACAAACUUAUACAAGAACUGCAGCCACCAUGUUUAUAGAUUCUCUCUUGGAGCACUUAGAUUCCAGUCCUCUACAAAAGUCAGAAGUGGACUUCCUUAGGCAAGCUUUCAGCUCUUUCCCAUCAGAAGCACAGCGCCCUGUCCCGGUUGUUCCAGAACCAGAAAAAGUACGCAGGUACUGCGCAGACCUGUUCAGAUGUUCCCGCUAUUUCCCAAGAUCCUGUAUUUGACGCCUGUAUCUGAAGUUACUAUCCAUCUGAAUAAAGAGCACUGUAUGAAAUUUCACGGUGAAGGCUUAUUGUGGCGUUCCUCUCUGUGGUUAGGUAGUUUUUGCUGCUAGAAUUGGAUAGGAAAGUAGCUUUCUUAAGGAGAGGUCGAUCAUUUGAUGUCCUUCCUUUGGCAUUAUCUUAAUGUAAAUGCAUAGUAUCUUCUAGGCAGUAAUCAAAACCCUCUUUAAGAUGGAAGUGUAUGUAACCUCCUUCCAGCAGCUUGCUUGCUGCCCACAGCUGCCUACACUCCUAUUGA